CUCGAGACGCUCGCCGUCUUUAUUAUCCAGGAUGAAAAACGUCAGGGUUGUGGUGGUGGGAGCAGGCGUGAUCGGCGUCUCCACCGCUGUCUGCAUCGCGGAGGCUCUUCCUUUCUGCUCCGUCACUCUGCUGGCUGACAAGUUCAGUCCAGACACCACCAGCGACGGAGCUGCUGGGAUCCUGUUUGCUGCAAAGUUUCCAGAUAUUCCCUUGGAAAGACAAAAGCGCUGGUUCAAGGACACCUUUGAUCACCUGUUGGCCAUUGCUCAAUCUCAACACUCACCUGAAGCUGGAGUAAUGCUGAGCUCUGGCUGGCAGAUUUUCAAGGAGGUUCCAGCUGAGAGGAAACCCUUCUGGGCGGAAUCUGUGAUCGGCUUUCGAUUCAUGACCGAGGAGGAAUUGAAAAGGUUUCCGGAUCACAAGUUUGGACACGCGUUCACCACCUUAAAAUGUGAAUGCUCCAGCUACCUGCCGUGGCUCGAGAACAGGUUCAGAAAAGCUGGAGGUCAUGUGGAACAGAGAACCAUCAACAGUCUCCAGGAACUGAGCAACAGCUAUGAUAUCAUUGUCAACUGCUCGGGUCUGGGCUCCAGAACACUGGUGGGUGACAGCCAAGUGUACCCAGUCAGAGGCCAGGUGCUUAAGAUGGAGGCCCCGUGGCUGCAGCACUUCAUCAGAGACGGAGAUGGUAAGACCUACAUCUACCCCGGCAUGCACAGCGUCACUGUCGGCGGCACGAGGCAGGAGGAGGACUGGCGACUGCACGUGGACGAAGGAGACACGGACAGCAUCCUGAAGCGCUGCAGCAGGCUGGAGCCGUCGCUCAGCCACGGCAAAGUUCUCAGCAAGUGGGUCGGCCUGAGGCCCAGCAGGAGGAACCCGAGGGUGGAGAAGGAGCUGGUGCAGCUUCCCGGUCGCAGGGUGCCUGUGGUCCAUAACUACGGCCACGGAGGCUGGGGAGUCACCCUCGCCUGGGGCACCGCCCUGGACGCACUGGAGCUGGUCAGGCAGUGCCUUCAGGAAAUGCCGCUACAGGCGAAACUAUGAACUAAAUGCUGCUUUUAACCAGAGCAGAAAAAUCAUAAAACACGCACUGGCUGACAGAUUUAAAUCACUAAUACACAACAAAUCCUUUUUUUUUUAUUUCACACAGCGUGCAUAUGUAAUUAUUAAUGUAAAAAAUGAUAACACUGUUUAGAUCUGUGACAAUGUGAUAAUAAAUGCUGCUAUUUUAAUUUCCUUCAGAGAUACAAAAAUGUGCUGAUGUGAGGGUUCAGCAGGGAUUAUGAGCCUUGUAAGCAUUUUUAAAAUGCGUAUAGAAAAGAAACUUUUAUUAGUUAAAUUAACGAACAUGAAAAUACUGUACACGAUUUACUGAUAUCAAAUGGAAAUAAACAAAUCAUGUUUACAUGUGAG